UUAGUUAGCGGUAGAUUUAAAACACAAACGGUGAUCAUCGAGGAGGUAGCUUACGUUAGAAAUUAUUUUGACCAUCAAUAAACAAUAAAUCUUCACUUUAUAGCUGGUUAUAGAUAAUGCAGAAGAAGUAAUGGAUUCAAGUUCUAACGUAGUAAGUGUAGAUCAAUGGGAGCUUUGCAAAGAGAAUGUUCAACCAUUGAAGAAGGGAAGAAAUUUCUCCAGCUUGACAGCAGCUUUGCACGAUCACAAUGAACAUCAGCAUUCAUUACUUGCACAGCGACAGCAAUUUGAAGAAGAACUUCGCUGUUACAAAGGUGAUGAUCCACUUAGUGUUUGGAGUAGAUAUAUUAGCUGGACAGAACAAAACUACCCUACCGGAGGAAAGGAGAGCAAUUUGGAACAAAUACUCCAUACAUGCGUCAGCUUGUUCAAAGAUGAAAAGAAGUAUCAUAAUGAUCCCAGAUAUAUCCAAGCCUGGAUCAGAAUGGCAAAUAACUAUUUGGACGAGCCCUCUAGUGCCUACCAGUUCAUGCACGAUCAUGGCAUCGGGUCAGGCUUAGCAAUAUUUUACGAGGCAUGGUCUUGGAACCUGGAACAGGCUGGAAACGCCAAGAAAGCUGAUGCUGUGUUGAAUCGAGGCCUUGAAUGCUAUGCAGCCCCUGUAGACCAGCUGCAGAAGUACCACAAUGAAUUCCAAACACGGAUUGUUCGCGGAACAAUGGAGGACACUAUAGAAUCAUUGGACACUCAGCCAUCAGAGGAGAGGACCGUGUUGGGGGGACUUAAAGGACGAGGAAAGCAACAUAAAGUAGGAACACAGAGAAUAGGUCAUGUUAAGAAAGAUACAAAAGGCAUCCAAGGAAUUCAGACUAGAGAUCCCCUUGCUGGCAACCAACGUUUUACAGUGUUCUGCGAUACUGAUGCUGCUGCAGCUCCAGCUGUGCCAGACCCCACAGGCCAAUGGGAAACUGUUCCCAGUCGUAGCAUAGCCACUAAGGAAAAUGUACAGAAACCAUCUCAAUGGUCAUCACAAAAGGUUCCACAGCGUGGAGUGUCCAUGGCACCGCCGAUCUCAAGACCCUCAAUUAAGGUUCAUGUUGAUGAUGAUGCUGAUCAGAUCACGACUCCACACCAACGCCCUCAGAUGAGCCAUCCGGUACUGAGCGCCCGUAAGCCAGAGAAGAAGCCUAAUGCUUUGCAAUACCUAAAUACAUUUCAGUCAGUUGAUGAUAAGACAAAGGUCAUGUAUCCUAAGCAUCUAAUUUACGGUGGUGUUUCAGAGAUGUCACUGGAAGAACUGAGAGCAAUACGCUACAAGGAAAAAAAGAAGGCAAAACAGAUGAAAGAGGAGCAGGAACGAAUUGAGCAGCAACGGGAUGAAUUAUUGCGUACAAAAGAAGCAUUACGAUUGCAGCAAGAACAGCUGGAGAUGGAGAGAAAAAAAUUUCAAGAAAAAAUGGAGCAGGAGAGGCUGAUACAAGAAAGGAAGCUUCAGGAGCAGCAGCAGCAACAACAACAACAGUUACAGCAACAACUGCUUCAACAGCAACAGGAGCAACUGCAACAACAGCAGCAGCACCAGUUACUCCAACAGCAGCAACAACAGCUACUUCAAGAAGAGCAGGAACGGCAGCGACUGCAAGAACAGCAGCAGCAACAGUUACUCCAACUGCAGCAACAACAGCUACUUCAAGAAGAGCAGGAACGGCAGCGACUGCAAGAACAGCAGCAGCAACAGUUGCUCCAACAGCAGCAACAACAGCUACUUCAAGAAGAGCAGGAACGGCAGCGACUGCAAGAACAGCAGCAGCAUCAGUUGCUUCAACAACAGCAGCGACAACAACUACAAGAAAAACAACAGCUACAUGAACAGCAACAGUUACAACAACAAUUACAAGAACAGGAACUGCAACAGAUGCUUCAACAACAGCAACGACAACAGCUAGAAGAACAACAGCAGCUACAACAACGACUACAGGAACAGCAACAGCAGCAUUUUCUUCAGCAGCAGAAAGAGUCUAUGCAAAUAAUUGAUCAGUCAAAUUCCAAAUCGGUCCGCCCUACCUCUAAUAAUAGUUCACGACGAGAGUCUGACUCUACAUCUGACUUUACUGUUACAAAGCAGUUGAUUUUUGAGGACACAAGGACACUUCAAACAGAUCUUAAGAUUACUCCAGGACAAAGUGCAAGUUCUGUAGCGACACCGUCCGCUAACUACUCUGCCACCUUAUCAUCAAUUCCGCAAUCUAAACAGAAAACACCAUCGCUCAUUCAGUCUUCUGGCAAAUCCAAAACUCCACCUACAGGAGUACGGCAUAAAACACCUGGUUCCAGCUCAUCCCAUAAAAGAUCUUUCCUUCACCCGACACCCAACAGCCAUUCGCGGUCAUUUCACAAUCUUGGUCACAUAACACCGAGGAUAACCCCUAAGGGCAUAGCAGCGCCUUCGCCUACAGUGAACACAAAAGAGGCUCUUGGGUGUGUGUUGGCAAUGCUAAGCAAACCAUUGGAUGAGGAUCAAUUUGGUUGGGAUGGAAACGAAAUGGCAUUUAAGGAAGAGGAUCAGAUGUUUGAAGCGCAGUUUGCUAACACAGAAGAUGGUCUGACAAUGAAUGACAAUAGUAACCAAGGAGUAGUUGAAGAUGAGUUUAGAAAGCAGAGUAAACCGUUUGCGAUUUAUGAUGAGACAACCGAGGAUAAAGAACAAGAUGUGAAGAAGAGCAAUCAAUUCAGCAUAUUUGAAGAUCAAGACAAUAAGGCACCUGUAUGCAUAUAUGAAGAUAAGGAAGAACCAGUGAUUCAGGAGAGGAUCCAUCUUCCACCGAGAGAUGAUGAUGAGGAAAUGAAGAUGAUUGAAGGCAUGGAAGCAAUUAAAUUAUCAAGUCAGUUACACAACAGAUCUACAUCUCAAGAUUGCACAUUUGCACCACACUCAUCCAACCCAGACUUCUCUGCAAUGGCUCGUAUGGUGUCAACUCCAUUCAACUCUAGUGAGAUUCCUUCAUUUCCUGUCAGCCAUAUCAAGCCCAGUCUGAUGCAUGUGGAGAUGCCAAAGCAGACUCAGGACGCUGGUAUUGACAUGGAGACUAAUGCCAUGACUGGUGAUGGUGGGGCUUCGGCAUCAAGAUCAUUGGCAGUGAACAGAGAGAGCUUUGAGGUCACAGAGGAGACUGUCAACAAUCCUGCUUGUAACCUAAGCCCUAUCAUUGAAGAGCACAGCUCCGAUUGUUCAAGCUCCUCUCAGAAUAAGACUACUGGUGCUUCUGCUGCCCUCAGUUCCUUGCAACCACAGUCGCUAAUCAAUACGGAAUCAAGUCACAUCGACAUGAAUGUGACACGCAGACGUACUGGAAAAUCGAGCUCUUCUUCCAGUAACUGUUCUGCACUUGUUGAAGCACCUGAUGUCUCUCACCACAUGGAGGAAGCACCAGAGGUGGAUACAGUCUUUGAUGCCAGUGCCAUGGAGGAUGACUGCUGUGAUGAACUGGAUCCUUUCAGUAGUGGUGUUGUGGACAAUCUCCUGCAGAAUCUUGAAAUACCUCUAACAAGUUAUCCUGGGUUCACCGAAUCUCAUGAAACAAUGCCAGAUAUACGACCAGGAAUAACAGUGUACUUAGGAAAAGACUUAUUCAACAUUGAGUCAUGUAUUGGAGAAGGUGCUUUUGCAAAAGUGUAUCGUGCAGCAAUGCUAGAUGCUGAUGAUGAUUCAGACUUGGAUGGUGAUGGUAAAAAGGUGGUUCUGAAGGUACAGAACCCUCCAUGUCCCUGGGAGUUCUACAUCUGUCGACAGAUUUACCAGAGGAUCCAGGGCCUAGAAACGAUGAUCGAUGUUCGGCCGUCAAUCAUGAACAUUGAUUCUGCAUUCGUGUUUGAAGAUGGGAGCAUUCUUCUCAACGAGCCGCAUUACAACGGAACGCUCCUGAAUCUGGUGAACCUUCGCAAUAAGAACGUAAUCAAAGUGGAUGAGCACAUAGUACUGUACAUCACCAUCGAGAUCCUGCACAUCGUUGACCAAUUGCAUCGCUGUGGCAUCAUCCAUGGUGACAUCAAGCCCGACAAUUUUCUUAUAAUAAAUUCAAGCCCACAGACGAUGCAAAUAGAUGCAAAAACUCCCAGUGUGCUCGGUGAGAGGACCUCUGGUCUGAAGUUGAUUGACAUGGGCUGUAGUAUCGACAUGAACCUCUUCCCACCUGGAACUGUCUUCAGAUCAAGAAAUGGAACUUCCUGCUUUGAAUGUAUUGAAAUGGUUACAGGCCAGCCUUGGACUUACCAGACUGACUUGUAUGGCAUAGCAGGGACCAUACAUACACUUUUAUUUGGGAGUUAUAUGAAAGUAUUUCAAGAAUCUGGUGAGUGGAAAAUAACAGGCAGUAUAAAACGACAUUAUAAAGCCGACUGGAAGAAAUUCUUCCGAACAUUGUUGAAUGUACCAAGCUGCAAUGAAAUCCCAUCCCUGAGUGAACUGUGCCUGGAAAUGGAACAAGUCUUUCGUCAGCGAUACUUACCCUUCGUAGGUCCACACGGAGUGUGAGGAUUUUAACCAAAUAAUCGCCAGGAAAUAUUGUAGAUUAAUUUCAGAAGCACUGGUAUUAAGAUAUCCAUAUUUUAAUAGGUUACAAUGUACGACAAUGUAUUCAAAGCAUAGAAUGUGGAUGGUUAUAAAACAGAAGACCUGUGUCAAGAUUAACCACCUAGUCUUGGCUUUUGCGUACUAGCAAUACUAUUAUUUUUUUUUUUAAGUCCUGUCCAAAUUUUAUUGGACAAAAACAUGCGACAUGUCUAAAUAUGGUCAUGAUGACAUCACAUCAUGACUAUAUAUGGGCAUACAAGAGUUUGUUUGUUAAAUAAAAUUUGAUAGUCUGGACAGAUUGGGCAGAUCUGCACCAUGUUGCCGAGUGCUAUUCUCUGUCUACAGUUUUUCAGAAAUCUUGACUCAAAUCCGGCUGGUGGGCUAGUUUACUCUUUUCUUGAGGUACUGUGCAUUUGAAUCAUGUUAAUAGAUUACCAUCUAUGAUUGCACAUUUAUCAAUUCCAAAAGAAAAUGAAAGUGUAUUUUACUAUUGAUAAAACACUACAUUGUAUAUAAAAAAUAUUUCUGUUUGUACAAUUCAAUAUCUUGAUUGGCUUAACACUGUUCUUUGAUAUUUUGAUAGUGUACUGUGGAACUACAAAUCGUAGUAAUAACUUUUAAUGUUUGGUGAUAAUGUUAAUGUAGCAUUUUACAUUCAUAUAAUUAUACAUUAUUAAUAAAAAUUAUUACAUAAUUUAA